AUGGCUAUGAUGUCCAUGGUCGAUGACGACGAGCACGCUGCGUCCUGUCCAGAAGACAAGCAAAUCCAAGAGAAGGCGGCGAUGAAGCGGUCACCACGAAGACUCUCUCCUUACGACACGCAGCAGCAGCUCAUGACCAUUAGGAACAUCGUGAAUCCGGGCGAGCCCACGGAGGCUAGUGGCUCCUCGCUCGACAGGCAAACCGGUGCAGUUGGCAAGAAACGGAGCACACGCUCGCUGUUUCCAGAGCUAUCGGAAUCCGACCGUCGUGCCAAGCAGAGACUUAUCGUGAAGCGCUGCUAUUACAAGAAGAUCGUAAGUUCAACUGCAAUUAACACGAUCAAGUCGCUACGAGACGAGGCCAGCACCUUGGAACAUCAGUUCCGCUCGGCUUUGCGAGCAAUGCAGCAGGAGGACGAGGCUGCCAAAGCCGCAGGUCACGGAGAUGACGUCAAGCUGCGUGAGCUGCUCAUCGACACGCUGACAACCAAGGAGACGUUGCGUGAGGAAAAUGUCCGUCUGCGCCGACUUGCUGACGAGUAUUACAUGAAGAACCAGGGGCGCCUUCGUCAGCUGCUGGACCCGGACCACAGAGGCUUGAUCCUUUUCACUGCCGCUGUCAACGACGACUGA